AGCCUCUAUGAUUACGUGUUAACAACUUGUUUUAUUUCUACGCUCACGCUACAACAAAUGGCGACGAGGACAAAAGAGCCACUAACCGUCACAUGCUGUCAAAAAAGCUGGUUUGAAAGAUAUGAGUUUGAGUUAUUGGCGGGAGGACUGGCAGCAGAGGUCCCAGAGUUAGCUAAUGACGGUUCUAACCGUGAGGCUAGAAACAUGGCUAUAAAGAAGAAUUUAGCAGGCUUUAUUGCAAGGACAGAUGAGAACAUUUACAAGCUGUUGAAGUCACUGACCGUAAAAAAGAUGGAAGACUGCAGUUACGAGGAGUGUAAGAAACUCAUUUUAGAUCACUUGGCCCCUGCACCAACAAAGUUUGCUCAAAGAUACAAACUAAGAAGCUGUGUACAAGAGGGUGAAGAAACCACAGCGACCUACGUUUCAAGAUUAAGAACAAUCGCAAAUGAAUGUGAGUUUGCCAACUACAACGAGGCUAUAUUGGAUCAGCUGCUCGCUGGGCUGAGGAAUCAAAAGGUUGUUUCCGAGUUGUUAACGAAGGAUGACUUAACACUGGCAACCGCGGUGAAGGAAGCGUUAAGCCGUGAGCAAGCAAACAGGGAGGCUCAGUUCAUGAAUAGCACGUUAUCACCGGGAGAGUCAUCGAGAUCAGUGAACUUUGUGAAACCAACAUUCAAAAGAACAAUGAAAAACCUCUAUGGGAAGAAGGGGGAAAGUUCAGGUGGUUCGGGUGGAAAGCAGAAAAGUGGAAUGCAAAAGGGACUUAAAUGUAGACGGUGCGGACUUCGUGGACAUAUUGGUGAAAAUUGUCAAGUCCGGUGUCAUAUCUGCAAACGUAUUGGACACAUCUCCAAGAAUUGCAAGCAAAACAGCAUUGUUCACAACAUUGAACAAGGAGAGUCGAGUUCGGAGAGUUAUGAGUUCGGUAUGGAUGAGAAUUGUGAAAAUGUCUUGGACAAUGAGCUUUACCCCGAGUAUGAUCAUGACAAUGAGUGUAAUUCAGUUGAGAUUGAAAAAGGCAAACAUUACGGGUUGCAAACGGACAAAUCAAAACAGUUGACGGCUGUGCUGUAGUUAAUGUAGAGUUGAACGGUGAAAAAGCUCAUGGAAUGCAGCUCUAUGUAGCAGAGGACUUCCCCAGUUUGUUUGGAAGACCGUGGAUUGUAAAGUUCUGUGGACAGAAUUGGCUAGAGAAGCUGCUCAGCACAAAGUUAGUACAUAAUUUAGCCCCAGACAAAUCCCAGCAGGUGUCAGUGAGCUGUGAAAGCUGCUCUGGGAGUGGUGUCGAUAAGGGUGACAUGCUAACCGAUGGUGCGACCGUGAAAAACAGGUGGAAAUGUGAAAACACCUGUACUCGGGUUGAUCAAUGUCGUAGUAUCGCUCAGUUAAAACAGAGCGAGGUGUUUAAAUCGGGUUUAGGACUAGUUAAGGGUGUACAGGCAAGUUUGGUCCUGAAGGACAACUCCAAACCUAUUAUGAUGAAAGCCCGUAGUCUACCCUAUGCCUUGAGAAACAAGGUUGAAAGUGAGUUAAAUGAUAUGGUUGAAGCGAAGAUUCUAACCAAAGUCGAAGACAGUCCAUGGGGGACACCCAUAGUGCCUGUGAAGAAGGAUGGAGGGCAGUCAGUGCGCAUUUGUGGGGAUUAUAAAUCGACCCUGAACAAAUGUAUCAGCACCCGACAAUACCCUCUACCUACCGUGGAGGAAUGUCUGAAUGCUGUGCAGGGGGGACAAACGUUCUCUAAGAUUGACAUCAAAAAGGCUUAUAAUAACCUGUUGAUAAGAAAUGAGGACCGUGUCUUGACCACCCUGAAUACGCACAAAGGGUUGUAUCAAUGGAAUCGCUUGCCGUAUGGCAUCAGCAGUGCAUCGGCUAUAUUCCAGUCAUGUAUGGAUGACACUCUGUGGGGUGUGCCUAUGACGUGCUGCAGAAUUGACGAUAUAUUAGUUUCUGGUCGAAAUGAGAGUGACCAUCUGAUCAACCUCAAUAAUGUCAUAAGUAGGUUGGAGCAGCGAGGUUUUAAAUGUAAAACCGAAAAAACUUCUUUCAUGCAAAAAGAAGUUGUCUAUCUGGGUCAUGUGGUGUCUGCUGAAGGGAUCAAACCCGUGAAAAGCAAGGUCGAGAGUAUGCUGAUGGCUCCAGAACCUAGGAAUGUGGACGAACUAAUUAGUUUUUUGGGGGCUGUGAAUUAUUACAGGCGCUAUUUGCCCAACUUGUCGUCUGUGAUUGCUCCAAUUGAAAGGCUGAGAGCUAAGAAUGUAAAGUGGGUGUGGACAAAUACCGAAAAGACAGCGUUUAAAAUAUUGAAAAAUCUGCUGGCUUCUAACCGUGUAUUGACCUUUUACAAUCCCAAGCUUCCUCUUAAACUGGACACUGAUGCUUCAAUCGGUGGCAUUGGCGCAGUGUUGUCUCACAUUAUGCUGAAUGGGGAUGAGCGCCCCAUUGAGUUCAUCUCCCGGACCCUGUCACCGGCCGAGAGGAAUUACGCUCAAGUGGACAAAGAGGCCCUGGCCAUAGUGUGGGCCAUAAAGCGCCUACAUAUUUACUUGUAUAUGAGACAGUUUACCUUGGUGACAGAUCAUCGUGCGCUGGUUCGUAUAUUUGGCGAUAAGCCAAUUCCAGAGAUGACUGCCGGUAGGUUAACUAGGUGGGCUUUAUUCCUUAUGAAUUACCAGUAUGACAUUCAAUAUCGUAAUACCAAGGAUCAUGCUAACGCUGAUAUGUUAUCCAGGCUGCCAAAAUCGGUAACACACCCUGUGAGGGAGAGAGACGAGUUUGGUGAUAUGUUCGCACUGACUAUGAGCGAGACUUUACUCAAUGCUGAGUUAGUGGCGAACGACACUCGUAAGGACCCGAUUCUGAGCAGAGUUUUGGAAUACACUCUGAAUGGUUGGCCGAAGAAUCUGAAAUGUGACGGUGAUCUCAAAGCUUUCUGGACUAGAAGAGACGAGUUGAGCCAUGAACUUGGGUGUUUAACUUGGGGAGCCCGUGUCGUGAUUCCCGCUAAACUGAGAAGCACUGUAAUGGAUAUUCUGCACGCCACUCACAUUGGAGUAACAGGUAUGAAAUCCUUGGCCAGAUCUUACGUUUACUGGCCACGUCUUGACACACAAAUCGAGGAUACUGCUCGGACGUGUGAGACAUGCGCCAAGUAUGGUAAGAACAUGACUAAAGUCGUUGACCACCCCUGGGCUAAAACCAGUGCACCUUUCCAAAGAGUACACGCUGACUUUGCGGGCCCAUUCCUGGGCAGCAUGUGGCUAUUAUUAGUAGACUCUUACAGCAAGUGGCCUGAAGUUGUUCAAAUGAACACAAAUACAACAUCUAGUGCUACAAUACGUGCUUUUAGAUCCAUAUUCUCUCGUACAGGUAUCCCAAUCUGUCUGGUAACGGAUAACGGACCACAGUUCGUGUCGGAUGAAACUGAGGGAUAUCUGAAAUCCUGUGGUAUAAAGCACGUGACUGUUCCGACGUAUUCUCCCAAAUCAAACGGAAUCUGCGAACGACUUGUUCAGUCGUUUAAAUCCGCCCUGAAAAAGAUGUCUGUAACCAGUAAGGACGUGUGCAAGAAUCUGAACGAUUUUCUGCUAACUUACCGCAACACACCCCAUUCGUCUACUGGUCAAACACCAGCUGUGUUAGCGUUCAACAGAACUCUGCGAUCUAAACUACACCAAAUCAAACCAACCGAUCGGAUGAGGGAGCAGGAAUUGCAAUCUGAGAAACUGCAAGUUGCAAUUAACGAACACCCCAGAACUCGAGAGUUCCGGGAAAAUCAGCUCAUUUUCGCCAAAAUGGACGACAAAAGCCACUGGGAGCAAGCUAGAGUAAUCAAAAGACUCGGUGAUAAUUCGAACAAUUACGUGGUCCAACACGGAGACAGGAUUGUAAAGAAACACGCUGACGCAAUAAAACCACGACACACCCCCGUUAUAAGGAUGGAACGAAAAGCAAUCACUAGUCCGCAAAAAACGCUGUUAACCAGAGAGAUAGCUCGCUCUGACAUUAAGUUCCAGAAGCUGCAUGAAACAAGGGAAAGACGGAGAAUGAAUGCACUAAACCUAGGAGUUCCGAACGGCAACAGACUUGAGGCUGUGGCGAAACCAGCGUCCCCAGUCAGGGAUACCUCACCGUCUAAAGUGACUGAGCGUCCUCAACCGAAAGUUGCUUCCCCCCUGAAAACCAACGACAAGCAAGUCCGGGUGUCUGAGUUGUCCAAACCUACAGCUACAGGUGGUGCACCCUUACCUGAACCGCGUUUGAGACCAACCAGAAGUGCUAAGAGUGAUGCUAUCACUAAAAUGAAAACCAUGAGUUAGAAUGAGUAAUCACGAACUGAAAUCAUUGUAAACCCGUAUGUUGUAAUAUUUGUCAAACCGCUGUUUUUAUCACAUUUUUAGAGUCACUCAUUAUUUUAAAUUUUACAGAUUUCCUGAUUUAACUUAUGUAUUUUAAUAAUUCGACAGAGAACGUGGCUAAUCCAAUUUUAUGGAAAUAUGAGUUACAAGUUUUUAACGUUUAAGAAGCAAAAUGUUGCUAAUUUUGUCCCGACCUGUGGGGAGAAAGUAUUUUUUAUGUCUGUUUUCUGACAGUUAAAGUUAAAGACCAGUUUGGUCACAAAAGUUGUUCCACAUGUAUGGAACGCGCGGCGACGUUAAGCUAGUCAGCGCUAAAAAGUGACAGUCCUCCUGACCUCAAUUUUGCGCGCGCGCCUAGCUCCUCGUGUUAAACGCGAGCGCAGCUAGUUGUAUCGGCCGACUAGCUAUAACUUGCCGAAGGGAGAUUGUUAUAUAUAUUGAACAUUGAUUGCUAUCAUAAUUUGUUAUUAACGAUUUGUUCUUCCCUAGCCUCUAUGAUUA